AUGUCGUCGGUUAAGCGGAAGGCCGCUGGCCAGGCUGCUGGGUCUGACCCAAAGAAGCCAAGGCAGAAUGCCAGCAUCACCUCCUUCUUUGGAGCUCCCAAGGCUGUGCCCUCUGCUGGCGUCGGUGCCAAGUCAUCGCUCAAUGGUGGCUCUGCUUCAUCUGCUGCUGUAGCACCUGAGCCAGUCGCCAAGUUUGACAAGGCCAAGUGGGUUGCUACCCUGACUGAGGAGCAGAAGCAGCUGCUGCAGCUCGAGAUCGAUACCCUGCACCCUAGCUGGUUGGCCCACUUAAAGGGUGAGAUCGUGACCAAGGAGUUCUUGGAUCUCAAACGAUUCCUUGACAGAGAGGCCGCUGCUGGAAAGAAGAUCUUUCCCCCUCGAGAGGACAUCUACUCCUGGUCGCGCCACACUCCCUUCAACAAUGUUAAGGUCGUGGUCGUCGGCCAAGACCCCUACCACAACGUGGGGCAGGCCCAUGGCCUGGCCUUCUCCGUCAGGGCGCCCACCCCUGCGCCGCCUUCUCUCAAGAACAUGUAUACCUGUCUCAAGAACGACUACCCUUCCUUUGUGCCACCCCCAAACCGUGGUGGUCUCCUUACCACCUGGGCCGACCGUGGCGUUCUACUACUGAACACCUGCCUGACGGUGCGUGCUCACGAGGCCAACAGCCACGCUAACCGUGGCUGGGAGCGCUUCACACAGAAAGUGAUUGAUCUCGUCGCGGGACGGCGGACGACCGGUGUGGUCUUCAUGGCCUGGGGCACUCCAGCUGGCAAGCGUGUGCAAAAGAUCGACAGGAAGCGGCACCUUGUUCUCAACUCGGUGCAUCCGAGCCCGUUGAGUGCAGCGAGGGGUUUCUUCACCUGCGGCCAUUUUAAGAAGGCCAACGAGUGGCUGUUGACGAGAUAUGGAGAAGACGGAGAAAUUGACUGGAGCUUGGGCAAGCAUGACACACCGACCACGACGGCGGGGAUGGCUGCCAAGAGCGCAGGCCUCGAGGACGAUGUGGAUGAGGAUUGGGAGGCCGAGGCUGAAGCAGCCGCCGCCAUUGUCGAUGCCGAAAGCAAGGCCAAUGCAAUGGGCCCACCCCCAACCCCGUCGCCCAGAAAGCAGGGCGAGAUUGGACUUGAGACUCCGGAGGAGACCGAGAAGACGAAGAAGGGCGGACUGGGCAAGGAGAACAUCGACAUUCCGGCCUGA